AUGGCGGUUACCCCUGGAUCUAUGGCUGCCCGCCAGAUUGCGGCAAUCUCUCCUGGCCUAGAGUCGGUCGAGGUGGAGCUCGAGAAUUUGCUUUCUGAAGAGGAGGAAUUGAACGAGGAAGUCGCUAUGGGUCUUAUUCGCAACUUGAAGAUUCCGCUCCCAACUUCGACACCGCCACCGACUGAAAAGGAAGUCCUGUUCCCUGCAUAUCUGAUCAACCUUGUUACGUCGGAGAUGUGGAACAACGGAUUUGUUAAGGAGUCAGAGCGAUUCUUGGCGAACGUUAUGCAGUCCAUCCAGCAAGAAGUUAUGCAGCAUGAUGGGGACGACGCGAUCAACCCCGGUGCUUUCUGGUUAUCCAACGUGCACGAGAUGCUAUCCUUUGUCUUCCUGGCCGAGGAUUGGUAUGAAACACAAAAGACCGAGAACUACGAGUAUGACCGCCUGCUGGAGAUUGUCAAGCACGACCUUGAGAGCUUGGAAUUUAACAUCUAUCACACUUGGAUGAAGGUCUUGAAGAAGAAGUUGUACAAGAUGAUUGUUCCAGCCAUCAUCGAGUCUCAAUCACUUCCCGGCUUUGUCACCAGCGAAACGAAUCGCUUCCUUGGAAAACUUCUGCCCUCCAACAAUAACCCAGCUUACAGCAUGGACAACCUGCUCAGUCUAUUGAACGGUGUUUACAAGGCAAUGAAGGCCUUUUACCUUGAGGACGCCAUCAUACUCCAGACCGUCACGGAACUUUUGCGUCUAGUUGGUGUCACUGCUUUCAACGAUCUCCUCAUGCGACGUAACUUCCUGUCUUGGAAGCGUGGUUUGCAAAUCAACUACAACAUUACUCGAAUCGAGGAGUGGUGCAAGAGCCAUGAUAUGCCGGAGGGAACAUUGAAGCUAGAGCACCUGAUGCAAGCGACCAAACUUCUGCAGCUGAAGAAGGCUACUCUGAAUGAUAUUGAAAUCAUUCAAGAUAUCUGUUGGAUGCUGUCCCCGAAUCAAAUCCAGAAACUUCUGAAUCAGUACCUGGUGGCAGAUUACGAACAGCCCAUCAACGGUGAGAUUAUGAAGGCCGUCGCUUCUCGCGUCACAGAGAAGAGUGAUGUGCUCCUCCUGGCUCCGGUAGACAUGGAGGACAGUGGCCCGUACGAGAUCGCCGAGCCGCGUGUGAUCACUGCUCUGGAGACCUAUACACCCUCCUGGCUCCAAACCCCGCGGUUGAAACGACUUGCUGAGAUUGUGUCCGCGCAAGCGAUGGCACAACAAGAGAGGCUUGAGUUUGACCACGGAAUGAUGGAGGAUUAG